CUAUACUGUAUUCACUUCCAUCUUGUAUGUUUACAGACUAUUCAUUUCUUUUUUAUUCCACGGCUUCAUCCAAAAAUUGUUUUGCAUCCACAGCUGACAUUUUCUCCUACUAACAACGCUACAAUAUCAUUUCAUUUAUCAUUCAACGCUAAGAUUUUUUCAUAUAUAAAAGUAUUUUCAAGUGUAAAUAUUUCUUUUGAGAACUAUUAGUCAAAUACGGGGUAUGAUUUAAUAUUUAUCAACGACUUCUUUUUCAUUUAAAUUAAAAGAAAACAAAUAAAAUUUUUACAGUAAAGAACGAAAGAAAAAAAUUAAUUGAAGAAAUGUCUUCAACACGACGAAGACGUCAAAAACCAUCCCAAGCCAGAUCUCUUACUCGAUCAUUGUCUCCAGAGUGCUACAUCGACUUAACGGUCGAUUCGCCAGUACGGACGCCAAUAGAGACGAGGAUUUUGGAUCAUGAAGCAGAGUCAACUAUGAUGAUCUCCCAAUUACAGCGAGCAUUGAUAUGGCCUCUUGGAACCGUAUCAAGAAGAGCCGUCAAUCGUGAAGAGUCACCAGAAUCAAAUACUCACCGUUUAUCAAUUGAAAUCGAUACACCUGAUGUUGAAUUGGAUAUUGAAUUAAAUGAUAAUAAUAAUUUUCGAGAAAAUACAACUAAUGAAACAGUGGUGAUCGAUGAUCCUGAACCAGUUCCAGUUGUAAGCAUGAAAAAUUCUUCCCAAGUUCAUGAAAAAUCAACUGCACCAUGUUUAUCGUGCCCUAUUUGUUUCGAGGAACUUUUAAACACUUCAAUACCAGCAUAUACGACAAAAUGUGGUCAUAUUUUUUGUGAAACUUGUCUUAAAAGAGCAAUUGAAACACGAAAAAAAUGCCCAAUGUGUUUAAAAGCUGUUAAUAUCAAACAAUGUGUUCGUUUACAUAUUUAAUCAUUGACCAUAAUUGUAGUUUUUAAUCAUUUAACGUUGUGUCAAAUUAAGGUAAAGUUAAUAGUUAUAUGUAUAGAUUUGGUAAAUUUAUUCACUAGCAGCUUUAAUUUCUCUUUCAUAAUAAAACUCAUGCUGGUCAUUUACAGAUCCUUUGGUACAAUGAAAAUCAAAAGUAUUUAUUAAACAAACUUCACAACCAAAUAGUAUCAUCUGCCCAUGUACAUUUGUAAUUGCAUUAAAUAAAUAAAUAUUUUUCUAUUACCAUUUUUCCAAUGUAAA